AUGAGUGACAGUGUGCCCAUCAAGGUCAAGUGCCUCAAGGCCCGCAAUACUGUCGAGGUGGACGUCCGUCUCGACAUGACGGUGCUGGAGCUGAAGAAGGCCCUGGAGGUCACGACAGGGACGCCCGAAGAGGCGCAGCGACUGCUGUUCAAGGGCAAGGUGCUCAAGGACGACACCGUGCUCUCCGCUUACGGCAUCGCGCCGGAGGUCACCAUCCACCUCGUCGAGUCCAAGCCUCGCCCGGCUGCUCCUGCUCCAGCUACCGCUGGCACAGGUGCCACGGCCUCCUCCUCCGCUACUCCUCUCACGGCACCGGCCCCGACCCCUGCCGCGGCACCGACCGCAACCGCCGCCACGGUACCGGCCGACGAAGCGCCGACGGCUGCAGCUGCGGCUGCGGGAGGCUUCCCCAUCGACGCGCUGCAGUCGGCCAUGCAGAAUCUAGUGGCCUCACUUGGCUCGUCCGUGCCCGGGGCGCGGGUCUCUGCCAACGUCAUUACCCCGCACGGGGUGCAGACGGUGCAUGUCGGUGGGCAUGGCGGUGCUGCUGGGCAGGCAAGCGAGCAUGCUCCGCAGCCCGAGGUUGUUCCGGCCCGUCCGCCUCCGCAGCCGGCACGCGCGGCGCUUGAGCACGUGCAGCAGCAGCUCGCUAUCACCGAGGCCAUGGUGCGUUCGGUGGAGACCAGGACCAACGUGUCGAGCCCGCUGCCAGCCCUUGGAGAGGCCGAGUCGCCCAUCCGCGUCCUCUCUGAGCUCAUGGCCACGCUCAACGGCCACCAGGCUCGGGUCUCGGUCCUCACUGGCCAGCUCUCAGCCGCGCUGGCUGCCGCUGACGCCGAUCCGUCGCCGCAGCGUGUUGCCGACGCGCAGACGCUCGCCCACCUCCUCGCACCCUCGCUUGCGCAGGUCUCGCGACUCUACGGCCAGUUCUCUUCGCUCUGCCGCGCGCUCGCUGUCUCGGGCUCGGACGCGUACCUCAACAUUGCGCAGACGCCCACGCCGACCGUCCACCGGGUCCACAUCCAUCAGCGAACUGCGGCGCCGUCGCAGACUCGGGCCCAGGGCGCAAGCCCGGCGCGAGCACAGCCACAGACUCCGACUCAGGCUCCUGCUCCUUCGCAGCAACAGGGUACUGGCGAUCUUGGCACCGUCCUUCGGUCGGUGCUCGAUAACCUUGGCGCAGGCACAGCACAGGGCAACUCGGCGUCGACCGCCGCUGAUGCGUUCUCGCAGAUUGCCGCGCACCCGGCGGUCGGUGCGCUUGCUCAGCACCCUACGUUUGCGGCGCUCGCGGAGAACCCAGCGGUCAACGCGCUUGUGGGCGAUUUUAUGGGCUUGCUCGGUGGCAAUGACGCAGGCGAAGCCGAAGACGGCUCCGGCGAGACGAGCGGCGGGAACAGCGGCGACGGCGACGACGAUGACAUUCCUUGGCCGCCGCCGGCUCGCAACCUCACCGACUACAUGUUCAACAACUAUCUGGCGCGGCCGGCAAACAUGAUGGCGGUCUCACGGAUCGCAUCGGGUGCGGGCUCGCUGCAGGAGAUGUACCACGGGUUCAAGGAGCUGUUCGAGAGCGCGCUGCCGACGGCCCACCGUGGGUCAGCGGCCGCAGUGGACGAGCUCGCGGAGGCCUUUGCCGCCGGCUCGGUCCUUGAUGACACAGCACUGCCGCAGGCGCUGCUGGUGGCGCUCAAGCCGAGUGCGCCGCCGAUUGCCCCGAUUGUCCGCGGCGUCGUCCAGCAGUACCUCAAGCUCUUCCUGCGGCGGCUGGUCCUCGACUCAUUCGAGCCGACUGACGAUCGGCCGACACCGUUUGCAGACAUGGCCAACCGGCUAGUCUCUGUCUUUCUCGGGGCGCUCGCCUCCAAGCUCGUCCCGCACCUCAGCGGCGGCGGCGCCGACGUCGACCAUGUCUUUGACCUCGCGUUCCUCACCGGUGGCGCGCAGUGCCUCCCGAUGCUUGCGCCGUUUGAGGCCGCCAUCCAAGCCGGCCUCCGUGAGAGGUACGAGUCGUACCAGGCGCUGUCGGCCUCGGCCUCGGCCUCGGCCUCGGCACCCACGACCACGCCUGCUCCGGUCGCCAGCUCAGCCGCCAGCCUGGACUCGGGUGCAGUGCCAGUGGCACAGACGCAGUCACAGGCGGUCGCCGACAUGCCGCCGCCGCGAAUGGCGCCGAUCUCCAACCCCGAGCACGCCCAGUUCACCCAACAGCUUGAGGCCGACAGCCGUACGGCGCGAACGACAGCCCGCCCGCAGUUUAGCGCCGCGUACCUCACGGGCAUGCCGUUGGCGCACCGGACUGCGCUGGAGAAGGAGGCCGAGGCCCAGGCGGCGGCUACCGAGGCCCUCGACUGAGGAGACUUAGUUAGUAGUGUAAAGGUGGAGCAGAGAA